AUGGCUUUCUUGACUAAAUCACUAUUCAUUAUUUUCUUGGCCUUCACUUGCUCCUCUGCAUAUACUUUUAUAGUUUUUGAAGUUGAAUGGCCAGCUACUAACUGCUUAACAAAAUAGUGUAGUAAAACUAAUUCUGGGAAUUUUGAUGGCAAAAACUUCAAUAUUCAUGGUUUAUGGCCCUCUGGUUCUGAAUCUAAUGAUUGUGAAUACCCUAGUAACUGCACAGAUGAAAAAUUAGAUUACUCCCUUAUUAACUAAUCAGAUAUCGAAUAUAUAUAAUUAUAUUGGAAUAGUUUCUAUAAUGAUACUGAAAAUUUUAGAAUUCAUGAAUGGGAAAAACAUGGAACUUGCUUUGAAGGUAGCUAAACUUAAUAUUACAAUGUUGUUUCAAAAAUUCAUAAGUAAUAUAACCCUAUUUCUGCUUUGGCUAAGAGAAAUAUUUUUCCCAGUAAUGAUAAAAAUUAUUCAGUAUCAUUUGUUAAAUAAGCUUUAGAAUUUGAGUUCUAGGGUCCUGUAUUAUUAAAAUGUACUUCAGUUAAAGGAGUUUAGAUGCUUUAAAAAAUUGAUCUUAUUUUUUCUAAAGAUCUAAGUACUCUGAUUGAAGCUCCUUGCUCAAAGAGUUUAUCUAAUCAAUGCAAUGCUAAAAAGCCCCUAACAAUUCCUGAAUAUUACUAAAAUUGA